ACACUUGAUGUAAAGUUGUAAACUUAUAAAGUGAACUUCUAUUAUUAUGUAAGAUUCCUAAAACAGAAACCAUUUUAGUUAGCAUAGGUAACACCUUGUUAACCUUUUGACGAUAAUCUUAUAAAAGUUACCUUCAAAUUCAUGAAAUGCGCACACUUCUAAAAGUUACAUGAAAUUUAUAAGACAAUUUCUAUGUUUAGUGACUCAAUACCGGUAUCAGAGUAAGAUGGAAGUUGACAUAUCAGGUCUGCGGAAACAAUGUAGGAGUAAGGAUGAUGCUUUCCUCGAAAAGGACUUAGUAUCCAAGGAGCCGAUUGGGCAAUUCAAGGCUUGGUAUGAUGAAGUUUGUGCUGCUAAAGAUGUUCUUUUCCCCGGUGCCAUGUGUCUUGCCAUGGCGUCACAGGAAGGAUUUCCAUCUGCUAGAUACGUCAUAUGCACUAGCUUCAGUAAAGAUGGUUUCAAGUUUUUUACUGAUUAUAGCAGUAGAAAGUCGAAAGAAAUGGAUGACAACCCCAACGUAGCGGCCACAUUCUACUGGGCUGCCUGCGACCGAUCCAUAAGAAUCGAAGGUCAAGCAGAGAAGUUACCCGAAGAAGAAUCCACGGAAUCAUUCAAGUCUCGUCCAGUUGACGCUCAAGCGGCUGUAUGGGCUAGCUCGCAGAGUAUUCCGAUUGAAUCGAAAACCUUAUUAGACGAACGACAGAGCGAGUUGAGAAAUAAGUUCCUGGCUGAGGAGGUGGCGAAACCAAGUUACUGGGGAGGAUACAUAAUACGGCCCAGCGCUGUAGAGUUUUGGCAAGCUCAAUCCAACCGUCUUUCUGACAGGAUACGGUUCAGAAGACCAGAAGAUGGGGAAACUCCGGAUGGGAAACUACUUCAUGAAGGCGAAGAUGAUUGGGUUUAUGAAAGACUCUCGCCAUAAUAAGAUAUUUGGACCUUGAUGGGUGUCUAAAGGGUCUCCGGCAAGCUCGGUUCUCCAUACAAACGUAGUUCCGCUCUCAUUUUAAAACGACUAGCUACAUUGCUCUGAAACUUUGUACUUACAAUAGGAUAAGGUAUAGGUCUGUAAUUAGUUUAUGUAGCUUUAGAUACCAUAGUCAAAAAAAAAUUCAGCGAAUUUAAAUUUUACAUACAAAACUUGUUUUUGCUCUAUUACGUUUGCUUUAUAAACUGGAGCUAUAUAAACUAAUUACAGACCUAGAUAAACCUCAUGUCAUUGUAUGUGUAAAGUUUUAUUACAAUCCAACAGGUAGUUUUAAAAUGAGAGCGGAACUACGUUUGUAUGACGUGCAAUUCAGCCGAACUUGCCGGGGACUCUUAAGGUGCAUCUACACCGCAGUUGUCUUUUGUGGAGCAACAAUGUUAA